CUCGGGCGCAGCCGCCCGCACAGCCUCAACAGCACGAGGUGAGGGAGGAGCUCAAGGGAUCGGCGGUCUGCUGCGCGCCAAUGGCGAUGCCGAGGGCGCCGGGCGCGGGGUCGCUCCGGUUUCUCGGCCUCCUGAAGCAGCCGGAGUCGGGCCCUGACGCACCGCCGUUCGAGCUCGACGAGCGCGACGUCGUGUGGCCGUCUGGCGGCGGCCAGGACGGGUGGGCUGCCCCGCCGGUGCCCGACGCGCAGCCGCCGCCGCCCCGCGCGAGGCGUCGCGCGCACACGGUGCCGCAGAGCUUCGGGCUGUCGUCCCUCCUUGCCGAGGGCGGCGGCGGCGGCGGCAACCAGCGGGCGGGUGUGGCCGUUCCCGUGAGGGCGGUGGCGCCGGGAGCAGGCGCCGCCGCGCCGAGGCAGUCGGCGCCGGUGAGGGUGCCGGUGUGGCCGGGGAAGGCGGGGGCGUCGCGCCGCUCGGAGGACGGGCGGGGCGGCGGCAGGAAGGCCGCGGACGAGUCGGACGACGAGGAGGGGGAGGAGAUGGUGCCGCCGCACGUGGUGGCGGCGCGGCGCCACGCGCGGUCGUCGUCGGUGCUGGAGGGCGCCGGGCGGACGCUCAAGGGGCGCGACCUCCGCCGCGUCCGCAACGCCGUGCUCCGGCAGACCGGGUUCCUGGACCUCUGAACAAGCCAAACCAUCAGCAGCAAGCAGAUCUCUUCAGCUCCUGCCAUUUCAGGCCCGCCUCCUCUAGUUUGCACACCUGAAUUGAAUUCAAUACAUUCAAUCUGAUUGGUUUGAGAACCCCGCCUCUUGUUCUGCACAACGCCUCAAAAUUUCACCUGAAUUCAGCACAUUCACCAGGAUGUUGACUGCAUAUCAAAUGGCCUAGCUAGAUCUUCGCAACCAUGAGAACAGCAACAAGAAGCAUCAUCAUCAUCAUCAUCAUCAUCAUCAUCUCAAAACUCGUUUUUUUUCUAAGCACAAGUGCACAACCGUCGCGAUCACAAUCGAUGCUCCUGAUUGCCAGCAUGUCCAUUAACCGCUGUUGGAUGCUGUAGUCUAUGACCAAGUUGGGAUCGUCUGGCCCUAAAGAAAGCCGUGAUUUUGACACGGGCAAUAUAAAUACGAAGCAUCAACCAUCCUAGAAAACUAGAAUAUAGCAGCAUCUGCAGAGCUGGGUGGUUGUUUCACACCAGCAUGAUGCAACGUAGAUUGUACCCACUCGCCCAAUCGGCCAUUGUUUUUGGCCCUGAACAUGGGCGUAACAUGGAAGCCAAUAGGCUCGUCAGGUAUUCCAAUCAUUCUUCUAUUGCAUUCCUCAUUUCCUCUUCUUCCUCCUCUGCUCGGCCGGCGGCUCAUCAGCUUGUGGUGGUGGGGUUGGUGGCGCACGUACAGCGAGCCUCCAUUAUUCUACUCGUCGCCAGUGGCGGCGUGACGGCUGGGCCUGGGCGCCUUCAGAAAUCGGCGAUCCCAAGUUCAGAUCCCUAUGCCGUGAUUGUCCUCUUGUCUUCCACAGGCUCCAGAUUCAGGGUAUGCAAUUCUUUUUUUCUUUUCUUUUCAUGUUCUUGUGUGUCAGUGUGUGCCAUCGUGUGCGCCAGCCGUCCUUUUUGCCUCUCGUCGUUUGGUCCAGUCCGGGCUGUCCCUGUCAUGGCUCGUGGACUCGUGAGUGGGACGGAUGGGUUAAUCUGCCUGUCGUGUUCCUCUUGGAUCACUGAUGAUUGGGGGGUUACCAUUUUACCA